GGCGCCGUCCCCAUGGGCAAGAGCAAGACCAAGCGCUUCCGACGGGCGCCGUUUUCGCCCGCGGGCGGCCUCAGCGAGCCGGACGGGGAGGCCGGGCGAGCCGCGUCCGGGUCCGCGCCCGGAUCCCCCGCCGUGGAGCUGCUGGAGAAACUUCAGCAUCCAAGUGCCGACGUGAGAGAAUUUGCCUGUGCCAGCAUUUCCAAACUCUUGCAGCAGAAAGAAACAAUCCCAGCCUUUGUGCAAGAGGAUGUUGUCCGUUGCCUGGGUCCCAUGUUGCUUGAUCAGAGCUUCAAGGUUCGCGAAACAGCGGCAGGGGCUCUUCGAAAUCUUAGCGCUUGUGGAGGGUUUGAAGUGUGCGACGACAUGGUCACGAAAGAUGUGAUGACGCCUCUUGUAGCGUUAUUGAAAGAGUGUCACGCAGGUCUGGAGGAGAGCAAUGGCUCCGUGAAGGAAGUCAAGGACACCAGCAAGAACUUCAUCGAGGACAUCGCCAACGAGGCAGUGAACCUGCUCUGGAACUUGUGUGAAUGCAACUGUUUAGCAGUAUCCAUAUUCAACAAAGAAAGCUGCCUGGGCAUUGUACUGCAGUAUCUAAAGAGAUUUCCUACGAACGUGGACCUGGCUAUCGCGGUAGCCUCCUGCUUGCAGGCCGUGACGGAAGAUAAUGUGGACCUCCUUUCUUCCAUCGAUACCUCCACGCACCAGGUGCUGGAAAUGGUCAUGUUGUCCUCAGAGGAGGGGAUGGAGUACAUCCUUUUACGGACCCUGGUGGCAGGUGUCGUUUGGAACAUAAAGGGCACGCUGCCUGCCGGUAGCCAGGCAGGCACGAUAAACGCCAUCCUGAAGGUUCUCUCAGGAUGUUUAGCGCUAGACUCUGGCGAGGUGGUCAUUCGGAUGAAGGAGGCUGAGACGGAAAGGCUGGCCAGCUCCACUGAGCCAGAAACGGAAGGGAAUGUGGGUGCAGGCGACGACAUGGCGCUUAAUGAAGACGAAGAGAUGGAGGAAACGCCGAAAUUAGCUGCCAAAGGGAAGAACGAUAUUUCUGACCUCCUUCCUUCCAGUCAACAGGAGCUGAAACAAGUAUCAGCUUUACUUUUGGCUCAGCAGACAGCCCUGGAAAUCAUUGUUAAUAUGUGCUGUAACGAAGACCCCUCCGAUGAUGAAUGGGAGGAGUUAUCCAGCAGUGACGAAAGUGAUGCCUUCAUGGACAACUACACCGAAGACGAGAAGCUAUUGUCACCUCUCUGCCUUUCAGCUGAAGUUCACACAGCUCUUAGGAACCAUCUCGUGCCAAAGAAGAUACUUGAAAAAACUGCCUUCCCCAACAGCGCUGCUGUUGACAUCUGCAGGUGCAAUCCAGCUUGGAAACCCCUCAUUAAGAAGUUGAACGUGGUCCAGUGCAGGGCCCUGACCUGCCUUCACAGCAUCCUGCUGGUGUCCGACGUGGAUUGCCUCGGGGGAGUGUCGGUCCUGCAGUCGCUGUCGCAGCACCUGUCACACCUGAUCUUUUCUCAGUCAGAAUUUUCAAAGCAAAUGGAGUUUCUAGAAGCCGUAACCAGCGCUUUGCGAGCUCUCCUUCAAAUGUUAGCCUCCAACAAUAUACCUCAGUACAUGACUCCAGAGCAGCUGAUGGCAUUGUGCGAAGCGGGAAUCCACAGCAACAACGAUAGCGUUCGGGUAAAUGUCGUGAGCAUUCUAGGAAUCGCUGGCAGCGUGCUUGCAAAAGUGGAAGACACGGCAGAAACACUAAAGAUGAUCGGGAAAUUCCUCCUGGACAUUGCAGCAAAGGACCCUUCUCUCGUGGUCGUGGGAGAAGCUCUGGAUGCUCUCUUCGACGUUUUUGCGGAUGGUAAAGAAGUGGAAAGGGCAGCAGAGCAAAUAAAAUUGCUCCAGGCACUUAAAGAAUUUCAGCCAGUUUUCAAAUUGCGGAUGCGUAAGGAAGGAAAAGAACGGUACAGCACAGAUCAGUUAUGUGUGCUGGACAAUGUGAAACUGAAUUUAAGAAGAUUCAUUGCCUAUCAGGAGACACUGCAGAGAAAAAAAUAACUUUGGAGUAGUAAAAAGAAUGUAAAGCUAUAUUUUUGCUAGUUUGUUCAAUAUGGCACUGUGAAAGGUGGUUAGGGAUGGAGGGUGAUGGGUCUGCUUUCAAUGUUAUUUUUCAUAUGCUUAAGGAAAUGGGGAGGGGGCUGUUAAUGCUGGAUUCAGCAUCACUAUGUGCCUGCAAACUAGGACUGGAAACGUAUUUUGAACUGCAUGUCAAAUUUGGACCUCGGCUCGUAUUUCGAAAUCGGGGCUGGAGAACCUCAGGGAUUCCAUGCUGGCCACACCCCUUGCCCUCGCACUGGCUCCACCUCCUUCCUCCUGGCCACCAAUCACUGAGUGGUAUUUGUGCAGUCCCUCCCACCGUCAUUCCGCCCGGAUGAAAUGCAUAUUUUUUUGGUAGUAAGAGCUUUGAGCUAAAAUCGGCCAGUGUUUUUGGUCCCACCAUUUUGGCCGUCAGCGCACCAUGACUGGGAUGCUCUCUCCAAGAGUUUCUGGGAGAGAGAUUCCCAGCUCCCAUCCUAGGUGAUGCACCUCAGCUUCCCGUGAACAGACCCCAGACUGUUUUGAUAGGAAUAUUGAGGCUCUGUGGGUCAGCACAUCAGUUUUCCAGGUGUCCAGUUGGCCAGGAAUUUUCUCGUCUUCCUCUGGAAGUUAACGUUCCUGAUCUUUUAAACAUAGUUAGGAUAUUGGGAGCCUCUGAGAGGCUCCUACACCCCUUUCCUGGGUUUCAGAGUAAUUAUAAUGCACUUAAGCCUUUCCUGGUGUCGCCAUGAACCAUGGUUGGCUGUUCCACUUCUCACCGAAGACACAUUCUCCAGUUUGAGCUGACUUCGACUGAUGUCAGCAGUGGUUCUGAUGCAGCAUUAUCACCAUCCUUCGCUUUCUGAAAAAGAAAGGGAAGCAGCGACAUGCUGUUUGUGAGCAGCAGCCAGACUUCCAGACCAUGGUUUAAAAAUCUGGAAUAGUCAAUCGCUUUGUUUUUGCUGUUAUGUGCUGUCCAGUUGUCUCUGAGUUAUAGUAACUCUGCGACAGAAUGUCCUUUAUCCACGCACUGGGUCACUACUGGACUGAAAUCUCUGGAUUGUAUUAUCAUUGUGUUAAAUCUUUCUGUCUGUCACCUGUCUGUCAUUUCUCUGAGUUUCUGAUGUGAAACUAUCAUUUUUGCAAAGGAAUCAUGCUCAAAAUUUGAAUUGAGUCAUCCUGGAAAAAUAUUUGUCGAAAGUAUGUUUUUAUGGAAUGCUCGGAGAGUAGAGACAUUAAUGGAAAGCAAGGUCUGCCUUUAAGAUGGGGCAUUUUAACCCUGCUAAUUUGCUACAAGUGGGGGCUUUGCAAUCUUUCUUGGCUGACCAUACUGCAGAAACAUACCAAGAUUUUUUCAGCUGGUGGCAAACUGUUUGCAUCAGCUGGGGCGGUAGGAAAACUCCAGUCUCUGGGAAUCCACAUCGAUCAUUUAGGUACCAGUCAUAAACAGGGCUGAAAAAAUAUUUUAGGUUUCAUGGUCAUUGGCUUCUCCUUUUCUAGCUGUUGUCUUGCCUGGGAUUUUUCCAGGCUUGGCUAUAUAAAUGAUAGAUAGCCUUCAGCGGUUACUGUUGAGCAGUAACAACAGGUGUGAAUGUUGUCGCUCUGCAAAAUUGCCCACACCUGUCACCUUGAAAUCUGUUUGCUGAACAGUUGGAAAAAUAUAGAUGGCACAAGACCAAUUCCCUUUACCUUGAGUCAUUUACGUGGCUUGAAAUUGGGAGUUUGAAUGGAAACCAGCAGUGCUCUGGUGCCUUUGGAGAUGUCUCUUCUAAAAAAGACAUGCUGUCAGCUUUUGGAGUCAAGAGACUAUUUCUGGUGCCAUCUGAUGAAAUAGGUCUUGCCUUCAGAAGCACACGCCACACUUUAUUAGCCUGGAUGUCUUUCUGUGCUCCUUUUGCUCUGGUCCAAAAUUUGGAAAUGAUCUUACUGUGUUUUUAAAAUCAGUUUUAACCUGUUCUGAAUCUGUCUGUUGUACAUGAGAUGCUUUUAAAAUUCUGAGGGUUGUAUAUGUCAUCUUGGGCCCCAGAGUUCUUUUGGGCUGAAAUGUGCUUCAUAAAUAGUUCAGUGAAUGAAUUAAUGAGCUCUAGGAAGGAGGAAAUACUCCACGUUGGGCUUUUGGUCCCUGCCCCAUCCAGUUCACCGAGUGCCCAGCUUCAGAGUGGCUGUUUUUUUCUAGGCAGCAAAAGUAGCUUAAUUUUCACUGUAGGCAAUGUACUUGCUCCCUGAAUUUUCUCUUUGCACCAUGAAGAGUACACCCUUAAUCUCUGAAGUGCCUAAACUCAGCCAGUUUUCUGAGUGAGACAGCAGAAUAAUACUCAACACACUCUCAUGCUUUUUCAUCACCUGAGCUAUUUCCCAUUUCCUUGGCAUUGAUAUGCUAGGAUAAUACACAGGAAAAUACCUUCCUUCACAGUUUUUUUUCAAAUGAGAUUCUUUUUAAAAAUACAGAUUUUAAAAAUGUAAAUUUGUUCUUCUGUAGACAAUGUUUAUUCUUUCUUCUAUAAACUAAGUCAGUCUGAUGUUUAAAAAGGAGAGGGUUAAUGACCUUCAUCAAAUACAUGGUAUUUGCACUAUGUCUCUAUGAUAUGUGUGUGUGUGGUAGGUACAAUAUAUAUAAUAGAAUUCUUCAGAUCUGUAUAUACAAUGGAGAUUUUAAGUUGGCCUGUAUGACAUAGAAUAUAAAGAAUGCUGAACUUUUUAAAGAAAAUUGGUACUGUCAUCUUGUAAUUGAAACAGCUUAGUCUAAAACACCGUUAAACAGAAAACAACUACGUAUUUUCUUCUGAA